GCCUUUUACCGGUCCCCCUUGCCCCGCUGUGUCGGCUCGAUCGGACCGGAUGCAAUUUCGGUCAAGUCCGACAGGGAAGAGCCGAACCGUACCAUUAGGAUAUUUCGUCGAGUCACUCAAAGUGACACUUCUUCCUCGACUUGACUCGGAAACAUGUUGAUACAAGCGGGCCAGUUGAAUACUCAGAAGAAGGGGUAACCUGCUCUUGCUCGCCUUUCUGCAAUCCUGCAAAUCUGCCGAUCGAGUGCUAUACCAUGUCGGCCGACCUCACCGUAGUACUCGCUUCCCCAGCGCAAAAACGGGCAUGGAGACGCAACGCCUGGGAGUACUGGAUGAAGCCAGGAGGCAUGUCCGAAGAAAGUUUUCACGAGAACCAGGAUUGGCAAGAGGCUGAAGGGAGGCACACUCAAGAUGAUCGGGCUCUGAUAUGGGCUUUAGUACCUCGAUCAGAUCUGCAGACGACCAACAUCCUGGCAGCAUCCAGGACGCUACGGAGACAAGCUCGUUGUUACGAUGCCGAAUCGGGUCAGAUGCAGGACGUGACCUCUUACUGCGUGACGGGGGUCAUCACCGCGCCUGAACAUCGUCGCAAGGGCUACGCCCGGCAACUCAUGUCCACCAUGCACUACAUCCUCGGCCCGCACGACCAUCUUCCCUCAUGGCCCAUCGAGACUCUAGGUCCCCCGCCUAGCAUUCGUACGAUGAGGAACGACGCGUUCUAUUCGAUACUAUGGUCAGACGUCGGGGAGGACUUUUAUCGAUCCUGCAAGAUCGGGGAUAGGGAUGGGUGGGUGACGAGGCUGGAUGAAGAGUUGGUCUGGGAUAUCAAGAUCGAGGAUCGACAAGAACGAGCGGCAGCAGUCGACCUGGAUCUGAGCGGGGUGCGAUUUCUACGGGAGUGGAAUGCUGAGUUGGUACCGCCCGCGCUGGUCGAGUCGUACGAGACCAAGCUCUUAAAGCAAGCUGCAGGCAACCUGGACCACAAAGAUUCGGUAUCGAGGACCAGGAAAACAAAGUUCAUCCUCGAUUCCGCCAACUCUCCAGGCUUGAUCAACUAUUACCUCGUCCGCGGGGUCCAGAACAGGUCGUCGUCAUCGAAAUCAAAGUCUGCUGUCCCCAAGCCAGAGACGGAGACGUUCGGGUUCGUCGACCAGGAGCGUGGGAUAUGGGCCGUCUGGCUCGUCGAUCUCAACGACGAUGGUACGAAGGCCACGUUGAGGGUUACCAGUAUCGGUGUCCUUUCCUUGGGGGAAGAGGAAGCCAAGCUCGGGGACGAUCUUGUCAGGUUGAAGGCGAUCAUCCUGAGCCAAGCCAAGAACAUGGGUUGUGACGAGGUUACACUUUGGGCCUUGCCUGAGCGAAUCCAAAAGCUGUGGAAGGAGAGCGAACCGACGAUGAAGCUGGUCAAGAGGAAAGAACACCUGGGGGCGAUCGCUUGGUACGGGGCUGGACACGGGGACGAGGUGCAGUGGGAAGGUGGACAAGAGUUUACGUGGGCGUGAGAAAGUACCGGAAAACUCGACCUCGAUUAUCCAGCCCAUAUAACAACUCAAGGAUGGCUGUAUUCACGGUAGCGCAUCGGCGCACAAUAAACCGGCACAUGUGGCUCGAUAUGUUCUACAAAUGUUGGAUAUACCGCUGCCACGACAUUCGUUUCACGAUCUCGGUCCGAGUGAUGGCUCGUCAGGCAAUGUGCCUCGGAUGGCUCGAAACAUGUACAGCGUGUAGACCCUGCUUCAUGCUCGAUCGGAGAUAUUGUGGGAGACUGCAGGACGGAUCCUCUCUCAGAUUGGAGACUCGGCUGGCUUUAUCUCGCGACGGAGUGGCAAACCCCGUCGUGACCCUAGCAACGUCCGUGCAAUGGACGUCGGCCUCGCUGAUCUACAUGUAUCGUUAAUGACACUAUGAUCAACGUAAAUGUAGGCAGAA